CAAGUCCUAUAGCCGUGUAUAUUAAUAUUUCAUCCAUAUGUAUUUCGUAUAAUUCAAUAUUUAUUCUAUAAAUUUCUUCCAAAACUCACAGAAUAUAUUUUAAGCUUUUCUUCCUAAAUAAACUUUUAUAAUUUUUUUAUACUUGUACAAAUUUAUAUUAGCUACAACUUGAAAACAAAUCUCCAUUGAUUCUUGAAUUAUUCAACCAUCAAUCAAUUUUCCAAGCCAUGUUAAGGAAUCCAAUGUAUGUAUAUGGGUCUGAUGAUGCAGCUUUAUUGGCGCACUUGCAUUUAGGUAAACAUAUGCUGCAGAUGUUUGCCAAAUAUCAGGAUAAUGUCGCAUUGAUAGAUGCAGACACAAAUAAAAAAAUGACUUUCAGCGAGUUGGCUCAGCUGUCUGUUGACAUAGCACUCUCGCUGAAACGUCUCAACGUGGGCGUGGGCGACGUUGUCAGCAUUUGCUGCGAUAAACGAAUGGAGUUCAUGCCGACUGUAGUGGGGAUACUGUGCACGGGUGCAGCGUUCUCAGCGGCUGAUAACAGCAUGCUUGAUGAUAAACACAGAAUAACACUUUCGACCCGGGAAUGGUACUACAGCUUUGGUCUAUACCAUUCUUUGUCCAGUCUAUCCCGUGGGUUCACGAUUGUGUUCACUUUAAAAAAUGACGCGGUCAGUUAUUUAGAAGCCAUCGAAAAAUAUAAGGUAGAUACAAUACAAAUAGUGCCUACAACAAUAACGGAUCUUGUAAAAUGUCCUGAUUUAGAUAAGUAUGAUGUCUCGUCUCUCCAAGUUAUGAAUUGUGCAAGUAUUCCCAUCAGCUCUGAGUUAGUAUCUGUCACUAAAGAGAGAUUCCAGAAUUUGCAAUGCGUGACCCAAAUAUACGGUCUGACAGAAUCGGGCUGCAUUAUCAGAGAAGAUGUCAAGUCUGGGAUAAAUAAACUUGGGAGUGUUGGAGUUGCCUGUCAGGGAACAGUCAUAAAGGUGGUUGACCUCGAGACUCAGAAACCCGUAGGGCCGUAUAAACGUGGCGAGAUACGCUUCAAGUGUUCGUACUUGAUGUCUGGAUACAUCGGUGAUGAAGAAUGCGCUUAUUUAGAUGAAGAAGGGUUCUAUAAAAGCGGUGAUGUGGGUUAUUACGAUGAUGAAAAGUAUUUCUUCAUUGUGGACCGGAUUCAUGAAAUCAUAAAGUACAACGGUUACACGCUAUCACCAUCUGAAAUAGAGAAUACGUUAGUGAAACAUCCAUCCAUCAGAGAGGUUGGGGUAACUUCCCUACCGUUCAGCGAAGCCCCGGUAGCGUUUAUAGUACGGCAGACAAACUGCGCGAUCAGCGAAGAUCAAGUGGCUGAGUAUCUGAGCUCUAAAAUGCCAUCCGUUACGAUAUCGGGAGGUAUCAGAUUCGUGGACAAGUUACCCAGAGGGGCAGGGACCAAGUUGAACAGAAAAGCUUUGAGGGGCAUGAUAUAAAUAUACCUUUUUAAUAUGGGAGUCAAUGAGCAAGCUUCGGCAGUAAUUGGGCUAGCUCGCACCGGAGAAGUACCACACCCUCAAAGAACACAACGUGAAGUAAUAGCCUACUGCGUUUUGUUCGGUGAGUGGGGGAGCCGGAGCCUCGUAUCCUUUUCCUCACUCUUCCCAGUCCAUUCCUUUAUUGCAGUCGUCAAUACUUUCCUUAUUUCUUAAAACCAGUUAGCGCAUUUGCAGUGCUUUACUUCUGUAAAUGUUAACAGGCGAUUUUGGUUUACCAUCAGGUGACCAGCUCGUAAA